AUGAACCAACCUGUCAUCCUUUAUGCCUUAGAACGGCGCCAAAACGGCGCCAAGAAUGUGUUUCUCACUAAGUCAGAUGUAGAGGGCAUCAUCCGGAUCAAGCAGGGCGACCAGCAGGCGCCCUCAGGCCGGCGGCGGCGGGGUGCGGGAGGGGGGGCGGCAGUGCAGGGCGGCACCAAGAACUACAGCAAGAAGGUGCUGCAGUUCUUCCAGGUGCUGAAGGGCGCUGGCGGUCAGGACAUCCUGUGCCGCUGCGUCAAGCGCAGCGGAGAGUGGCGGUGGUGCCCCGUGGUGCCGCUCGAGGAGCUGCCCCGAGUGAUCAAGGAGCACCACGAGCGGGCGACUGGCUUCAGCGUGCCCAACUACCGCGUGGGAGGCAGCGGAGGCUUCUAUUUCAUCGACAACGACAACAACCUGUUCCUGUUCCACAACGACGAAGUCGUGGGGCCCGCCCCGCUGGCCGGCCUGUAUGAACUGGAGAACGGCGGCGGCGCGCCGUCGCCGCCGCCCGCGCGCCGCCUGCUGUCCCUGCUGAUCGCCUGGUCCGGCGGCCAGCAGAGCCAGGCGCGGCAGCGGCGGCGCAGGCUGCAGCAGGAAGAGGACAGCCUGACGAUCGUCAGCACGGACACGGAUGGGGCGGUGGUGUGGAUCGUGCUGGGCAACGGGAAUGUGUACUCCUAUCCCGUGGCUGACCCCAAUGCCGGCUGGCAGGCGCGGGAGGCUGCCAGCCCCGCCAGCUUUGUCAGCAUCGCCAGCAACGGCGAGGUCUUCUUGAUCGACCAGUCGGGCACCACUCUCAUCUGGUACCAGGAUGCCUCCGCCACCAACACGCCCAAGAGGUGGGCGCUGCCAGGCGGCACCUGCGUGGAUGUCUCUGAGAGCUCCGACAGCUCCCUCAUUUCGGCGGUGUGCGGCGGCAACCUGUAUGCCGUGAGCACCGCAGCCGGAGGCUUCACGAUGCUCCUCCCCUCGGUCUGCUCCGCGGCGUUUGACGAUGCGGGCUUCCUGUGGGUGUCGCGCCUCUCGGACUCGGGCUGCCAGGGCAUCAGCUUCGUCCGCCCUGGCCAGCUGGUCGCACACCUGCAGCAGGUCGGCAGCGGCAACCCGCUGGGUGGCGUGCCAUCCUCCAAAGCCAGCAACAACAGCUGCGACCUAAUUGAGGCCGGUGCUGUGACUGGCACUCGGGCCAAGGUGUACUGCUGGAAGCGCGCCGAAUCCCAGCUGCAGAUGGAGGCCCCCAUGCCGGAAGCUUACCAACUGGUCAACAUGAAGGUCACAGGCGCCACGCCAGAGGACUUUGAGGAGCUCUACUUGAAUGCAUUCAAGACGCUCAUGAGCGAAAUCACCGUCACGCGCGCCAGCUGGAUCCUGGUCUAUCCAUCCAUCAUUCCAGAUUGGACCCCAAAUUGGGAGGGUGAGCCGGAGCCCAUUCAGCUCGUGAUCAACGUCCACGCUCUGGCAGAGGCGCACGAAGACAUCGGGGUCUCUGUGCAGGCCGCUGCGGGUGGGAGCGGCGCGCCAGACAGCAUGCUGGCGGCAUCGCUGUCCGGGCUCAACCCCUCCGCAGGCCAACUCGCGCUUGUGGUCGGCUCAGUCAACUUUGGCGACGAGGCACCCGUUCCGGCCCCCGCUCCUGCCCCCGAGGAGGCCCCCAUGCCGGAAGCUUACCAGCUGGUCAACAUGAAGGUUGCUGGUGGCACAACCGGUGAGCCCGAGGACUUCCUCUUCCGAUAUGGGGACCAGCUCAAGACGAUCCUGAGCAACCUCGCAGGCAUACCCGUCGGCUGGAUAGUGCUGGAGGCCGGCAUUGGGGCUCAGUCAGUGACGACACCCAACGGGGAGUUUUACCCCAUAGUGGUGGUUGUUCAGAUGCACGCCCCCGCAGACCAACAUGCCAGCAUCAGGUCCAGCGUGCAGGUCGCCGCGGGCGUUGGCUUCAGCCCUGGCAGCUACGGAAGCCCCGGCGGGGAUCUGGCCGCAUCCCUGCGCGGAAUGACUCUGCCGGAACCUGAGACCAGCCAGGUCGACCUUGUGAUCGGCUCAGUCAACUUUGGCGCUGCAGCGCCCACCCCCGCCCCCGAGCCAGGCGUCGCCUGCGUGUGGGAUUUCCGGCAGUUCGGCAUCACGGCUGGCUCCUACAUCAACACGGCGGGCACCGGCUGCCCCACGCCCACCCCCACCAACCUCAGGCUGCAGAACCCGGCCUUCACGGGCGGCUGCGCCACAAGCAGCCCCGUCGUUCCGGAAGUCAAGAUGAACACCAACGGCUUCAUGCUGUCGCCCUUUGGGGUGUGCCCAGAGGAGACGUACUAUGUCAACCACCAGGCGCCUUCCAUCAUGGAGCUGGUGGCCACCGGCAACGCCGCCGUCAUCCGCUCGCUGGUGAUCGCCGACUACUUUGCAGACCCGCCCUUCACCCUGCGCUUUGCGGGCCCCGGCGGCCUCCAGAUCGACGUCACGGUGGACAGCGACAUCCCCGACGGCACCCACCUCAACCUGCCCCAGCCGCUCGAGCUGCCCGCCGAGGCCACCGGCUACAGCAUGGAGUUUGCAUAUGCGGCGGGAUUCCAGCAGGGCUCGUAUGUGUUCAUCAGCUUCCUGCACGAGGCAGCCGGCCCGCCGCCCUCGCCGCUGCCGCCCAGCCCGCCUCCUCCCUCUCCACCACCGCCCAGCCCGCCGCCGCCCUCGCCCAGCAUAGCCACCUAUCUGCAGGGUGGCCUGGGUCUUCAAGGCAAUGAACUCCCGCCAGGCUGGCAGGAGAGUGUCAGCCAGGUCCUGUGCGGGGUCGCGGGCUAUGUGCCCUGCAACAUCGUGGUCAACGGCGGCUCCGGCAACGGCGGCUCCGGCAACGAACGCCGCCGCUCGCUGCAGCAGCUGGCGGCGCUGGCGCCUGCCACGCGCGCGCUGCUCCAGGAGGGCGUCACCAACGUCGAGUUCAAGAUAUAUGCGCCAGAGGACCAGUUUCCAACCAUCCAGGCCAACAUAGAGGCCGCUGUCGCCAACGGGCAGCUGUCAUCUCUGCUGGAGGCUGAGGGGCUCACGCUGGUGCCUGGAUCAGUGAUGUUUGGGGACCCAUUCUUCCAUCCACCCCCACCGCCACCUUCGCCUGUGGUCGAAGGCACCUAUCUGCAGGGUGGCCUGGGUCUUGAAGGCAACCCUGGACAGGGCUGGCAGGGGAAUGUCACCGAGGUCCUCUGCGGCAUCGCCGGCCACAUCCCAUGCCGCAUCGUCAUCAACGGCGGCUCCGGCAACGGCCGCCGCCGCUCGCUGCUCCAGUGGGCGACGCAGGCGGUUGCCGGGCGCGCGCUGCUCCAGGAGGGCGUCACCAACGUCGAGUUCAAGAUCUAUGCGCCAGCGGCGCUGUUCCCGACCAUCCGGGGCAACAUUGAGGCCGCCGUCGCCAGCGGGGAGCUGGCGCAGCUGCUGGCGGCCCGGGGUCUCGCGCUCGUUCCUGGAUCAGUUCUGUUUGGAGACCCGUUCUUCAGCCCGCCUCCGCCCAGCCCGCCGCCACCCAGCCCGCCGCCACCUUCGCCUCCCCCGCCGCCGCCCUCGCCACCGCCGCCGCCGCCCUCGCCUCCCCCGCCACCCUCGCCAUUGCCGGAGGCUGUGAGCCAUGUUUUCAACAACACUGCAAGUGGCUGGUGCCCCACCACCACCACCAACAUCAGCAUGUCCAGCACAACGUGGAGGGCGCUGUCCUUCCAGAGCAGCCUCAACCCGCAGGCCGCCAUCCGCACCAUCACCAUCCCGCUCCUCGCCAAUGCAGCAGGCACCUACCAGGUCACAGUGAUGCUGUACCGCCCACACCCAAACAACAUCCCGAGCCCUGGCGACAGCCCUGAUACCACCAAGGUUUUCAGCCUGGCGCUGCCAGCUGGCCCCAGCUGGCAGACCCUGGACAUGUCCGCGCCGCAGUUCCAGCUGCUCCAUGGCAAACGCUAUGCGCUGGUGCUGACCGGCAACUCCGCGGGCGCGUCCACCUCGCCCACGUUCUUCAGCUGGGCCUCGUGCGCCAAUGCCGUUGAGCCCACGGGCGUGCAGUUUGAGUAUUACUCAUUCUCGCAGUCUAACAACAGCGGCUCCACCUGGUCCACAUCGCCCGUCCUCAACGCCAUCUCGCUGACCACCUACCCCAUCCCCAACGGCGGCGGCAACAGCGGGCGCCGCCUGCUGGCCGCAGAGGGCACAGACGCAGGUUCCAUGCAUCAGCCAGGCGCGAUGCAGCAGCCAGCAGCGAUACAGCAGCCAGCUCUGCGGCAGCCGGCGGCGCUGGCGCCAGUACCACCGCCGCCGCCGCCGCGGCCGCCUCGACGCCUGGCCCGCGGCGAGCUCAACGCCCUCAUGCACGACGCCUUCAGGGCCGAGCACCAGCAGGCCCGGCGGCGCCGCGCGCUGCAGCAGGCCGCGGACGCGCCCAACAGCACCGGGGCGCUGCCGCCGCCGCUGCCGGGCACCACGCCGCCGCCGCCCGCCCCCGUGGCCCCGAUCCUCGACUUUGCCUCCCUGUCCACCGUGGACGGUACCGGCGGCAGUAUCUACGUUGUCACCACCACCGGCGUGGAGCUGAACAAGAGCGCCGCGGUGGUGAAUGUGCUGCCUGCUGACCUGGCAGCACAGGUGGAGGGCAUCGUGGGGCAGCUCAAGCAGGCCCUCACCUUCCAGACCUCCUCCACCAACAUGGACGGCCUGUGGAACACGCUGUUCUGGAUCGCGGUGGGGCUGGCGGGCACGCUGGCCGCGCACGCCGCCAUCCGCGCGCUGAUCAUCUGGCGCAAGUGGCGCAUGCGCAUGUUCUUCGAGUGGCCCCGGCCGGAGCUCUGGUUCAUGUGGUGUGUGCUUCCCAUCAUCGCGGCCCAGGCAGCAAUGUUUGUGGUCGGCGACAGCAGCGCCGAGGUGGCAGUGGGUGUCAUGUUUGGCAUUGUGCUGCCCAUGGCGCUUGUGGCCCUGUCCCUCUUUGUGGUCAUCAAGCACCUGACCCUGGUGCUGGGCAUGCGCCGCGCCGCCUACUUUGUGCCCGACGAGGAUGCUGAGAGGUUCCGGCGCAAGAAGGUGCAGAAGCUGACGCGGUCCGACAGCGGCAGCACACACGCGGAGAACGGGUCGCUCAACCCCUCCACCCGCGGCGGCACCGCCUUUGGCAACCUACCCUCCACCUCCGGCCUCGCCCGCGCCUCGCUGGGAGCCUCCUCCGAUGUCUCCCGCUCCUCCGCCGCCGGCUCUGGCACGGGCGCCGAGCUGCUGCGCCCAGCGCCGGGCAGCGCCGACCCGACGCCGCCGCGCAGGCCGCUGGGCAAGCGCGUCAAGAAGUGGGUGAUCCGCUACAUUGUCAAGCCCGUCUUUGGCUUCGACCCCUCGCUCCAGGGCGAGUGGGUGCCGCCGCACGGCUACGAUGUCAGCUUUGUGGCGCGGUACGGCGUGCUGUUCGAGACGUCCCGCGGGCCAGAGGUGGAGUACAGGCCCGGCACGUUUGACUACGACCCCGCCACCGGCAAGUUUGACCGCGGCGAGAUGGUUUCUCUGGCCAGCACCCGCCUGCUGAGGGCCAAGGAGGCGGCCCGGACGCUGGGCGUCACCGUCCAGCUGCUGAAGCUGGUGCUGUUUGCCCAGCUGGCCUCCGUCUUUGGAAACAGCUCCAACAUCAGCCCUCUGUGGCAGGUGAUCCCGCUGCUGGUGCUGAUUGUGCUGUACUGGACCUACAUGCGCCUGUUUGUGCCCAUGGCUUCCUUCGUCGACAUGGUCGGAGAGAUCGUCGGCUGCAUCUGCGAUGUGGGCACCUUUGUGUGCGGCAUCAUCGUGGCUGUGACUCCCGUCACAAGCUACCAGACCAUCAACGCCGUGGGCAUCGCCAUGCUGGGCUUCCAGACCGUGUCCAUGCUGGUCACCCUGGUGCCGGGCGCCGUCAAGUUUGUGCUGCUGGCGGUGCGCUGGGUGUGGCGCAAGGCCUUCCCCGACCCCGCCGACAAGUUUGCCCGCGUGGUGGAGGAGGUGAUGCGCAAGGAUCCACACAUCCUCUCCCGCAAGUUUGCCGACCGCUGGCUGCUCAAGGUGCACGGCCGCGGCCUCAACCAGCGCGCGCUGCAACAGUUCGAGAAGCAGCAGCAGCUGCUGCCGUUUGGCUUCAACAUCAGGCCCGCCGGCCUGGUGCGCACCCUUGCCUUUGGCGGCGCCGGCAGCAACCGGCGGGAGGCCACGGCCGACGCGGCCGCGGCCGCCGUGGCCGAGGCGAGCGAGGCGGAGGAGGACAGCAGCACGCGGUCGCGCCUGCGCUCCGCCAUGUCACUGGCUGCCGUGGCGGGCCGGUUCAAGAUGACCCGCCAGGCGGCCCCCACCAAGGCUCGCAGCUCUCCGCUGCUUCCCGUGGCGAGCGCCGCCAGCCUGGCCAGCGCAGGCGGCAGCUGCCCGCCGACCCCCCGUCCCGCCAGCGUGGCGGGCAGCGCGCCGCCCGCCUCUGCCGCCGGCAGCAUCCCGCCCACCCCCCGCGCCGGCAGCAGCGCGGCCACGCCACACUUUGGCAGCGUGGCGGGCAGCAUGCCUCCCUCCCCCCGCUCCGCCCGAGGCUAG